UCUUUCAUCUCCAGCUACCAUGUUCUCCCUUUCUCCCCCUUCUCUUUACAUAUAUUAAUAUAUGUAUACAUAUAUAAUCAUAGCAUUAUCAUCACCGAUAUCAUUAUAAUCAUCGAGUCAGAGAAAAGCAAGGCUUAACCCCUCACAAACACAACAACACAAAACAUAAAUUAAAGCAAAAAGAAGAAACAUGGGAAGAGCUCCUUGCUGUGACAAGGCCAACGUGAAGAAAGGACCUUGGUCGCCUGAGGAAGAUACCAAACUCAAGGCCUAUAUCGAGCAGCACGGCACCGGCGGCAACUGGAUCGCCUUGCCCCAGAAGAUAGGCCUCAAGAGAUGUGGGAAGAGCUGUCGGCUUCGAUGGCUAAACUAUCUACGGCCCAAUAUUAAACAUGGAGGAUUCACAGAGGAAGAAGACAACAUUAUUUGCAGCCUCUACAUCAACAUUGGAAGCAGGUGGUCUAUAAUUGCUGCACAAUUACCUGGUAGAACAGAUAAUGACAUAAAGAACUACUGGAACACAAGGCUUAAGAAGAAGCUCCUUGGCAAGCAUCAGCGAAAACAACAAGAAGCAAGGCGAUCCAUUAAGAGACAAAGUCAUCAUCAUCAUCAAGAUAAUAACUUUAUGUUUGCUGGAUCAAAAACAGUUCAAACCCAAACCACUAGUAAUUCUCCUUAUUAUAAGCCAGAGGUGGGCUCUGCAGCAGGACUAGUGAUGAACAAUAUCCAAUAUCAUCACAACAGCGUCGACAUCGACGACUUCAUCAGGAACUUGCUCAUAAAACUUGGAGGAAGGUUUUCAAAUGAUAAUCCUCAUCAACAGCCAAUUACAAACUCUCUGAUAUACCCACCAGUUCAAAUGUUUACGCCAGAAAAUCAACUAUAUGCUCACUCCUCCUCAUCCACCCCUUGUUCAACCUGGAACUCCACAUGUACUAAUUAUUAUAGUACUGUUAGCCAGCAAUAUCCAGAAGCUGUUCCUGAUCAUAAUGAUCAUAUGUUUGAAAACUUGACAGUUGAUGAAUUGCCACAACAGUUAGAUGAUGAUUUGGAGAGCUGCUUGUUUGGAAUGGAGAUGGUGAUGAUGAGCACUGAAAGCUCUAUUAAUACUUGGGGAGAUAUGAUGAUGAGCAACUCCAACUCUCUUGUUUAUCCUCAUCAAAUUGUUUCUGACUACUCCAACUUAAUUUGAAGAGUUUAGCCCCUCCUUUGGGGUCCCUCGUCCCUAACACAUGGGUUUGCUUUCAAAUUUGCUGCAUUACUAGCUAAAAGGCAAUUUAAAAGCCAACAUGUGCCUCAAUGAUAGAGUUGUAGUAAUUCAAACUAGAGGCCACUUGUUCAACCCUAGAAACAACUUCCGCACAUAUUAUGUUGAGGUAAGAUAUGCGUAUAUCAUACAUGUUCCCGACCCCAUCCAUUGCGGGAGUCUUGUACAUGAGAAUUGUUUCCCUUUACUAUAGGCAAUUUGGUAAUUAAUAAUAAUUUUUCUUCACUGUAAAAA